ACGUCAUCAAUUAGUUUAGCGUGAACCGGCAUGUCAGUUUGUCAGUUUCAGGGUGAAAGUCGUAGAACCUUAUAAGGACGUGCACGACAUAAAGAUAUUAAGUGAAAGUUGUAUUCCAAAAAAGAAUACAUUAUGGAAGCUUUAAUACAGCAAAAAGUGUUAGAAGCAGCGAGUCAAGUCGAGAAGCAACUAGACUCGGAGUUGGAACGUUUAGAUAACCUGGAUAUCGAUGAUAUUGAGAAACUACGAGAAAAACGGCUUAAAGAAAUGAAGAAAAUCCAGCAACAGAAACAGACCUGGUUGUCUUUGGGUCAUGGAGAAUAUUCAGAAGUUCCCGAUGAAAAGGAAUUCUUUGAACUUUCAAAGAAAUCAAAAAAUAUUGUUUGUCUGUUUUAUAAGAAUGAUUCCCCAAGAUGCAAAAUCGCGGACAUGCAUUUGAAAAUUCUUGCAAAGAAACAUUUAGAAGCUAGAUUUUGUAAGCUUGAUGUUGAACGAUGUCCAUUUCUAACUGAGCGAUUGCGCAUAAGAAUUAUCCCUACUAUAGCCCUCAUCACUGAUAGUCAAACAAAGGAUUAUAUUGUGGGAUUUACCGACCUAGGGAAUUGUGAUGACUUUUCUACAGAAAUGUUAGAGUGGCGAAUCGCACAAGCAGGUACAAUUUCGUACACUGGUGAUUUAAUGCAUCCUCCUGAAAAGAAUAAGAAGCCGUGGAUGUCUAAUGCUUCAAAAUCAAAAACUAUUAGAGGACAUGAUUCAGAUGAAUCUGAUGAUGAUUGAUAUGUCUGCCUUUAAUCAUUCCGCAUUUGUUUCGUCUUAGUUUUAUCAGCUUCAUUCUUAAUUUGGUACCAGUUAUCUUAGAUCAGACUAUUUAUUCAUAGU